UUUUGCAACUCCAAAAAUUCACUUCACCACCACCGCCUCUUCUGACGAUCUCACAUUGACAAAAUUUGCAAGUUAUCACGAAUUGUUUAUUUUUAGUAUCAAAAAUAUUCUUGCAAAACUUGUUGUGAGGAUGGGGGGUCUUGGUCGAACUACGUUUGUAGUCAUUGGUGAAAAAUCUGCCACUCAUUUUCCCUCGGUGUAACGACCCAGAGGGAUCCUCUUUAUUUUUAUUAUCCUCUGAAUUUGUUUUUGUGCUUGGAACAGACAGUGGAAUUUUCUUGAAUGAAGUUCGAAUCAUUCAAGUUAUUGAUGGAUUGAGUUUGAAAUAAAUAUUUUAUUUAUUUCUCAUUUGGUGGAGUGUUAUCUUCAGUUCAGGUGAAUAAUAUCAACAAUGACGAGAACAAAGCCCCAUAUUUUCCACGAUAUUUAUACCCAGCCAUAUGAUUACGGAGUCCGGACAAAGCUUUAUUCCAGCAGUAAAGCGAGUCUUCAACUGAUCCAGCGUAUGUCCCUCGUCAAACGUCUGAAGGUUCAUCACGGCUGCGUCAACUCAAUCUGUUGGAAUCACACUGGUGACCUGAUCUUGUCAGGAAGUGAUGAUCAACAUCUUGUACUCACAAACGCCUACAAUUACAAGGUGCUGGACGACUACAAGACAAGUCACAGGGCAAAUAUUUUUAGCGCAAAAUUUUUACCCAAUAGUGGAGACCACAGGAUUGUGUCAUGCAGUGGAGAUGGAAUCAUCCUCUAUACAGAUCUCAUGAGGAAAACAGAAACAUUUCAAAAUCAGUUUACAUGCCAUAGUGGAACGACUUACGAAAUAGCAACAAUACCCGGUGAUCCCUACAGUUUUCUCAGUUGUGGUGAAGAUUGCACUGUCAGAUACUUUGAUCUGAGGGUCAAAAGCUCAUGUAACACUUCAAAAUGCAAAGACGAUAUUUUGAUCUCAUGCGAACGUGCAGUUACCGCACUGUCUGUGAAUCCAAUGAUGCCUUAUCAGUUGGCGAUUGGAUGUUCCGACAGCACUGUCAGAAUUCAUGACCGGCGAAUGCUGAAUUUACGGGAUGCAGAUUGGGGAGGCGGGAUAAAUUCCUCGAUUCUUCCACUAUCACUCUUUAGUGUCCCUGAGUUCGAAGGAAACUCAUACAGAAUAACAUCUCUGAGUUAUAGUCCAGAAGGAAAUGAAGUUCUUGUCAGUUACAGCAGUGAUCACCUCUAUUUAUUUAGCGAAAAGGAUCAUGGCUCGAAGCAGUUGAAGAAAGACUCUCUGAGUAGAUCGACAAACAAGAAACAUUCAGUGAGAUCUCCCCAGCCAGUUAGAAGAUUGAGAUUGAGGGGCGACUGGUCAGAUACUGGACCAGAUGCACGUCCAGAAAGAGAAGGUGGACGAAGAAAUGGAACGGAAAUAGCACAGGCCAGACCUGUUCUGCAUACAUCGUUGAUGCAGAGAAUGACCGAUGUACUCAGCAGAAUGCUAAAUGAUCCAGCAACCAGGGCUGCUCUCAGUGGAGGUGGCGAGGAUAGCCUGGAGGGUGUGGUUGAUCGACAACCUGAGGUUCAACAACAAUCUGAUGAAUCUAGUCCAGAAAUGCAAGAGGACAGAAGUGAUUUCCAGAGUAUGGACACCGAGUCCAAUGCCCAAGCCAUAGAUCGAAGUGAUGAUAAUGACAAUAUGGACACAUCAGUGGAGAAUAUUUCAUUACCAACUAAUGAAGAAAAUUUUGAGACUGAAGAAGCAUCAGAGAGAGGUGAUUUAUCCGAUGAGACUCCUCUGACUUCAGACCACAAUGGUAACUCUCACAUAUCAAUGAAUGAGGAAUCUAGUCAAUCAGAGACGGCGAAAGCGUCCAUUCAAUCUCUCACCACGUUGAGUCUAUCUCGUGAAGGGGAGAUGAGUGAUUUAAGGGAUGAGACUGAGAAUCCAGCGGUUAAUAUAGCGACUGGCAGGGACGAGAGCAUGAUGGAGAACUUGAAGGACAGGCUGACAUUCAUGAGAGACGGUUUUCUAGAAAGACAUGGUAGUGAACCUGCUGUCAGUCUUACAUAUUCAGAUAAAAGUUCAACAGGUGCAAGGAUAUCCAUGGGAGUUGCAGAUGAAGUCAGUCGAGACAGUUAUCAUCCAGGACCCUCUGGCAGUCAGAAUCCGAUGAGACUUAUGCCUGGACCAAGUAGUAGGCCAAAAAAAUCUUAUCAUGUCAUGGAACAGACAGAUGAGGAUGUAUAUAAUGAUAGCGAUGAUGAUGAGGAUGUAGCUGCUGGAAGAUUAUCCGAUGCAGCUAACGAAAGCAUGGAUCAAGAUGUAGUUAACAACCACGCCUGCUUGGGGCGUUAUAAAUACCUCGAUGAGUACCGUUUCACCCAGCUAAGGGUAAAGCAAAAAUACAUGGGACAUCGCAAUGCGAGGACCAUGAUCAAAGAAGCAAACUUUUGGGGCGAUGAUUUCGUCAUGUCUGGAAGUGACUGCGGGCAUGUAUUCAUUUGGGAGAGAGAUACUGCUAACCUGUGUAUGCUGUUGGAAGCUGAUCAGCACGUUGUUAAUUGCCUUCAACCACAUCCAUAUUUGCCAAUAUUGGCUACUUCUGGUAUCGAUUAUGAUGUCAAACUGUGGGCACCAAUCAAUGAGGAAGCCAAUUUCGAUGCCAAUUUUGCAGAAGAUCUUCAAAAGCGUAAUGCAGUGAUGCUGGAGGAGACAAAGGAUACGAUAACCGUGCCAGCCGUAUUUAUGAUAAGAAUGCUGGCGUGUCUCAAUCAAAUACGAAGAGGAAGGGGAAGAAAUCGGAGAAGAAGUGGAGACGAAGGCGAGAACAUGCGAGGCGGAUAAUUAGCAUAAUAACUCGUCCUUUUGUCAGUUGUUAAUUCAUAAUUCAAGGAGAAGAAUAGAGAUAAGAAAAAACAAUUGUGCGAACGAAAGUGUGAAGACACUCCAAUAUUAAUUAAUCCUUUAACUGCAUUUUUUUCUCCUUUCAUGUAAAUGAAUUUUUAAUAGUUGCUCGGAAUGUUAUCUUCUUAUCUUUUAUUUUUAUGUUUAUUUUUCAUCGUUGAAUGAUUCAUUGUUUAUUAGAGAUCAUUUUCACAUUGCCCUGGGUGAUAAAUCACUCAUCAUAUCCACGGGUACGUUAAAAUCAUAGGAAUUGUUGUGAAAUUGUGCCUUAAGUGGUGAAUGGUUGAUUGAAAGUUUACGGUUUGUGUGGUGAAACGUUAAUGCAUAAAACUUUCACACGUAAUUUUUUUUAAAAAUUAUGGGGAAUGGUGAGAGACGAUGUCAAUGAAAUCAAUUGAAUUGGAAGGAGUAAUUUUGUUUGAUUGAUUUCAGAAGAUUGUCUUUGGACAGCACGACUUCCGCUGAGGUUUUUUUAUGAGGUCAUUUACUAUUGAGAUAAAUUCACUCUAAUGACCACUAAUAAUUUGUCAAUUAUUGAUUUUAUUUGACUUAUAUCAGUAGGAAGCGUCACUAGAUAUUUCUUUCAGCUCAAAAAAUUAUUUGAAAAUGUAAAAUCAAUUGGUAAAUAUGUCCAUGA